AUGGGGUGGAGCCUUCGACAGGAGUGGAAGAAUUGCCAGUUUGGGAGACAAUCUGCACAAGUAAACCUGCUACCGUUAGCGGAGGCAAAAGAAGGGAAGAAGUUGAAGCAGCAGAGUGCACGGCCUGUCUGUCAUGAUAGAAUUGCUAAAGUCAAGUUGCCAUUUAAUUCCGGUGGGAGACGAGGCAACGAUGAAGAUGAAGAUGAAGAUGAAGAUGAAGAAGAUGAAGAUGAAGAUGAAGAUGAAGAAGAGGAAGAUGAAGAUGAAGAGGAGGAUGAAGAGGAAGAUGAAGAGGAAGAUGAAGAGGAAGAUGAAGAGGAAGAUGAAGAGGAAGAUGAAGAGGAAGAUGAAGAGGAAGAUGAAGAGGAAGAUGAAGAGGAAGAUGAAGAGGAAGAUGAAGAGGAAGAUGAAGAGGACGAUAAAGUGAUACGGGUGGGCGACCCGAAUGAAUGGAAAUGGAGAAAAGAGCUCACCCAAACUGGGAGGAGAAGAUGA